UAGGUAUCAGCUGUUCUGGUAAAUAAAAAAACUACACUUCGAUAUGGACGUCGUCGAUUAUGUGUCAGAAAAUCAGGAAGAUAGCGAGGAAGACACUGUUAUGUCGGAAGAUAAAAGCGAUUGUCUAUCGGAAACGUACGAUGAAAACGAAAGGUGGUGUUACAUGCCGGAUUCGAUUCUCCUCAAUAUCUUUCAAUAUCUGACACCAAGGGAAUUGACAAUUGCUGGAGAAGCAUGCAGGUCAUGGCACAGAGUAUCUUGCGACGAAUUUCUUUGGAAAGAUUUGUUCUAUCAGACGUAUAAAAUAGAUCCGGAUGUCGGCAUCAUGCCAGGGAAAACUUCUUGGUUAGGAGAAUUCAAACGUUUAACAUAUCAUAUACCGCUUUUAGAAACAGAGGUACUUAAAGGACAUUCUCAUCAAGUAUUACACGUUAGUUUUUCGCACAAUGGGAAAAUGUUUGCCACAUGUUCAAAAGAUGGAUAUAUUUUUGUUUGGGAAAGCCAGUACCCUGUUAAAAUAAAAUAUCUUCACGAUAUGAAAACAUUUAGUUGGGAAUAUACACAAUUUUCACAGUUUAAUUCUUCUGAUACUUUGUUACUUGUUUCUGGUGUACAUUUUGGGACUCCACAUAGCACUUCAGGCGAAAUAGCAGUAUUUAGAUUGGCACCUGGCUUCGAUCUCCAAUGUAGAGUAGUAAAUAAACCUUAUGACAUAUUUGGUACAUGGUAUAGUGAGCAUUAUCUUUUAAGCGGUAAUCUGUGUUGGUUGGCACAUUUAGUUACCACUAGCCUCCUUUGGCUCAAUAAAGCAAAUCAAGAGUCAUCUAGUGAACAUAUACCCAUUAUGACACAACUUUUUAGGUUUUAUAAUGGAAAUGCUUCGUCUAUUCGAGCAAUUAUGGUGGCUAAUUGUCUAACACCUGAACAGAAUGAAUCUGAAGAGCAGGAGAGUCAGCCUUCUUCAUCUAAUGUUAAGGAAGGAAAAGGCAAUCCACCAAGCCAUAAAGACAUUUCAUCUUGUAAUGACACUGCUCAAGAUGAAGAACCAGUUGUUCUUCGACAUGCAUCGUCUAGAUUACAAUGCAGUACAUUAGAAGGUAUAUUCAUGAAUUGGAAAAAACUUGGCGAUGGUUUUGAAUAUGCGAAUCCCAUUCAAUACAAUCAAGAAUACAGGCAAGUAGAAAUGGAAAAAAAUGUUCAGGAAAAUGACAGAGAAAGUGAAAAUUCUCAGUGGGAUGAAGAAAAUGAGUCAGAAGAAUCGUCAAAUGCGGAAGAAGGCGAUACUGAUGAACUAGUAAACAACUGUGAAAAGUACCUUAUUUUCACAACUGGAUCUAAAACUUAUACACCUCAUCAAGUGGGUUUCAAGAGAAUAAAAAAUUUGAAGUUUCCAACAAGGCUGGAUCCAGGACCGUCAUUACGCGAAAGAUUAGCACAAAGAGAAAGGGAACGAGAAAGGCAAAAUCCCUAUGCUAAUUAUUUGGACUACGAAUCUGUAGCUGAUAAAUUUGAUAAAGUAGACCAUGUAAUAGAUUUACAUGGACACAUUAUAGGAAUGGGACUUUCUCCUGAUCAUAGGUACCUAUACGUAAACACAAGGCCAUGGCCUCGAGGUUACGUUAUUACAAAUCCACUACAACCUCCGCCGAUAGCUCAAGAAAUCGACAUACACGUAAUUGAUUUGGUAACGUUAAAGCAAGUUGGCACUAUGUUAAGAGCUCACAAAGCUUACACGCCAAAUAAUGAAUGUUUCUUCAUAUUUCUUGAUGUUUGCGACGAAUAUGUUGCAAGCGGAGCUGAAGAUAAACAUGGCUAUCUGUGGGACAGACACUACGGAGUAUGCUUAGCUAAGGUACCUCAUUCUGACGUUGUUAAUUCUGUUGCUUUCAAUCCACGUGAUCCUGAAAUGCUAGUUACGACUAGCGAUGAUUAUACCGUUAAAGUUUGGCGUAGUAGAGCUAUGGUACGUGCAUUGGGUUUAAAUGAAGAUUCCUUUCCUAGAGGUAUGGAAGUACGAAAUAGGUGUAAGUAUCGUAAAACCGGUUGUAAUGUUGAUUGACUAAAGACCAUUAAAUUUCCAAUCUAAAGUUUUUGAAGGUAUAUUAAAUUUCUAUACCUACAACUUGUACUCAGUAGCGUAACUAAAAGGUGACGAAAGAGGUGGUCUGGUUUGGGUAGCACUUUUUUUAGGA